AUGAUCUAUUCGCUUGCGUGCUACUCCGGAUGGACCUAUUCAUGGUACGAGCUUUUUGUUUGGAUCAAAGGCACUGAUGGCACUGCUGGAGGUGUUGGCGGACGCAAUGGCUGCGGUGGAGAAGGCGGCAAUCAAGGCGAAUGCAAUAUUAUUAAUCCCGAUACUGGCAUUGAAUUUUCCUCGAUCAGCAUAGCCAAGAACCCAGGUAGUAAUGGAACUGAUGGAACUGUUGGUGAAUGUGGAAAGUCCGGAAGUAAUGGAAAUCACAUGGCAGUAAUUGAUCGAUCUGCCAGUGGAACAAACAAAUUCUUCUACGGACAAAAAUCUGCCACAAGGUUGAAAAUGGAGUAUUACGUCAAGUCGGACGACAAACGCCGUAUGAAUGGUUAUCGAAAACACGUUGCAAACGAAUCGUCUGUUUUCGGUGAAUUCCAAUUUCAAGAUGUUCCGAAAGGAGGAGUCAGAAAGACGAAGCAGAAGCAGAAACAAGAACGAUCUACGGAAGCUCAAACAACAAUGAAGAAAUCCAUAGUGCUCAAUAAAUUAUGGCAAAAAGCGACGGAACACACAGUUCAACUCGACGGAGCAUUAGCUGCUGCCAUAGUCACGGUAAAAUCUACAACUACUGUUAAUUUGGCAAUCGAGGAGAGCGUGGAAGAAGAAGAAUCGACGGAACAAGAACAGGAAGUGGUUGUGGUCAAAGAAGUCAACGAAGAUUCUCUAGAAAUCCGAAGAACAAGGAUGAAGAAGUCUUCCAUGAUGCCUGGAAAAUUUGUGAACAGCUUGCUGGCAAAGAAAACUCACGAAAGCACUUGUGGCCUCGUGCAAGAAGUGAUUACGUAUUUCCUUAUUGAAUUCAGUCAUGCAGAUUUGGAUCGCCUGAGUAUCCCAAUGCUAUUGCGAUGUUCCAGAUUUCGAGAAGUGAUGAAAAAUCCAUUCAAGAAGACGCUGAUUGGGGCAGUACAGAAAACGAAAGACGGCGGUUUGAGUGUCACUGAACUCGAAAAUCUCAGCAAACACGCUUCCCAAAAACGUCAGCUGAAACGUCUUCUUACAAAGCAUCGCAAUGAUGUUUCAAAGUACGCAGAACAUUGCCAAACUGCCAAACUCAAUAAUGAUUUAGAAUUGACACCACAAAAUGGCAAAAUAUCCAAUGUGAAGUUCGCUGAACCGGCUCCUACGGCACUUUGGAAUCCCAACAUCAAUCAAACGGAAAUCGUUGCUAUUGCUAAAAUGUUUUUUAAUGACUACUCGCUCAAUGAAGUGGACUACAAACUGUUAUUAGAGAUUCAGAAUAUACAUGACAGAUUGAAAGCGAUAAUGGAAAAACAUCUGACGAAUUUUGGGCAACAUCAAGUCGAUUGGGCUGACACAGAUGCUUGGGAAGCUUUCAGAAUCAAUUUAACGAAAGAGAAUGUUGAAAUUAAAGCAAUCAUGGAAGCCAUUUCCCCACUAAAAGAUGAGUUAACCGAAUACUUAAAAAACUACGCGACGAUGGUUGCUGACAAAUCGAUGCUCGAAAAAGCCAGACACAAAGUUCAAUCUGGAGGCAGCAGUGAACUUGAAAGCAGAUUCGGCAAAGUUCCCAAGUUUCACCAUCGCGCUGGAGAAAACUUGGAAGCAACUCACUUUCUAAUCCGAUUUUACCACCAAAUGGAACGAUUGCUGAAGUUCAACAGAAUUCUGAUGAUUGUCAACUUGAUUCAUCACGCGGAAACGACAAAAGCAGGUCCUGCAGCCAAACAAUUGAUUAAGAGUUACCCAACCUUGACACUGGACAUUCUCGUAGCUCGAAUCGGAAACGCUCAAAUCAAUCUUGAAUCCAAUUCAGCGGAACAGUACAUGCGAGCAAAAGGCUUUCGCAGCGCGGCUUUUCGUUACUUGGUAGCAGAAUUGAGCAAGACCAAAAUUGAAAUUUAUGGAAAUGAAGAUUACGGCAACGUCGAAUUGCUCGAAUCGUGGAAUCCAAAC